GCGCUGCCUGCCUUUGUACACAGGCCGCCCCGCUCGUCCCUUUAACAAUGGGCGCGGCGGGCGGCGCCGCCUGAUGGCGGCGGGGGAGGCCUCGGGACGCCGCACCGCGCUCAGGUGCCCCGGGCCAGGCCCCGCCGCCGCCCGCGCCGCUGCGUAGGGCCCCGGCGGCCGUGCCGCGCCGCCCCGCCGAUGGAGCUGGAGGCGCAGUGGUGGACAGGACAGCUGGCUACCGACAUCCACCAAGCCCUUCGCUAUAAGGAGCUGAAGCUGCCCUCCUACAAAGGCCAAUCUCCCCAGUUACAUCUGAGAAGAUACUUUGCAGAUCUGAUUGCCAUUGUGAGCAAUCGGUUCAGACUCUGUCCUGCUGCACGACAUCUAGCUGUGUAUCUGUUGGACCUCUUUAUGGAUCGUUAUGACAUAUCUAUCCAGCAGCUGCAUGUGGUCGCUCUUUCCUGUUUACUUUUAGCAAGUAAAUUUGAAGAAAAGGAAGACAGUGUUCCCAAACUUGAACAGUUGAACAGCUUGGGUUGUAUGACUAACAUGAAUUUGGUACUAACAAAACAGAAUUUACUUCAUAUGGAGUUGUUGUUGUUAGAAACAUUUCAGUGGAAUUUGUGCCUCCCGACUGCUGCUCAUUUCAUCGACUAUUAUCUUUCUAUUGCUGUCCAUGAGACUGAUCUUCAUGAUGGCUGGCCAAUGGUUUGCUUAGAGAAGACUAAGUUAUAUAUGGCAAAAUAUGCUGAUUACUUUCUGGAAGUAUCGCUGCAAGAUCAUGCAUUUUUAAAUUAUGCCCCUUCUUUAGUUGCUACUGCAUGUGUAGCUUCUUCAAGGAUUAUCUUGCGUCUCUCACCAACAUGGCCUACCCGGCUGCAUCAUCUUACCGCCUACUCCUGGGAUUUCCUAGUGCCAUGUAUUGAACGACUAUUAAUCGCACAUGAUAAUGAUGUGAAGGAAGCAAACAAGCAAAAAGGACAACAUGCUCAGUCUGCCCAGCAGAGUGUGUUUCAGACCCCAGCUCCAACUCCGCAGCAGGCUAACUCUCAACAGCAUAUACCACAGUACCUCCAAGCUCAUCAAUCUUCAUUACUGUAUCACCAUCAGACAUCACAGCAGCAAAACUGUCAACAGAUAUUAUCAUCUAAUCAUACAGCUUCUUAUGCACUUCAGACUUGCCCUGCUGCCUUACAGUCUAGUGUUCAGGCUCGAGGCCACGUACAGACUGGUGCUGCAAUGUCACUAGCUGUUCCGCUAGAAGUGAAGCCAUGUAUAAGUGUCUCCUACAACCGGAGUUAUCAAGUGAAUGGACGAUAUUCCUGUAUUACUCCCUGCUUUGAGAGGUGAUAAGUACAAAAUGGUUUUGUGCUUGUUUGUUUGGGGUGGGAAUUUGUGUUGAGGAGAAUUUUGGUUUUUUAUUUUACCUCAAGUAAGUUUGAGGGCAACAAAUAGAAUUAAAAAACUGUCUUUCCAGAAAAAAAGCAACUGGAUUGGCAACCAGUACCGUAGCUGAAAUACAGACUGCAAAAAAUAAGCACACAGAACACUCUAUAAAAAGAAUGUGUAUACCUGGGGUAAUAAUUUCUUACUCUGGCACCUGGAAUACUCUGUGCUUCUAACGCACACCUUUGAAAUACUAGUCAAAAGGUAGCUGUGGACUAACUACAGACUUACCUUUUAAUGAAGGAGACGUGCAGUAUUAUUUUGAAGGCAUUUGUGUAAUACCACCAUACAGUAUUAACACUUACUUUCAAUUUACUGAAACUUAAGAAUCCAUUGAAUGCCAGACUUCUCCAGAUACAUGGGGACCACGGGAAGAAACAAAAUCUCAUCUGGCUAACUCCCUAUUUCAGCACUUGUGUUGGAUAUUUGCUUUAGGCUGAGGCAUUUGAGUUAACUGGUAUUUUGGCUAGUUUUUGUUUUGUACCUCACAGGAUAGACGCUAUGUUUUUUGCUUCUUUUCUCCUCCCUAUACUUUUUUAUGUUUAAAGUAACUCUUUCGUACUAACUCAGGGAAUUUUCUACUCAUUACUCUGUGCUGCUGGCUUGUACAUUUAAUUGGGUAUAACUUGAGGGAGAAAGGUAGAGAAGGGAGGGACUAGAGCAAGUGGCUGUUCUUCAGGGCAUCUAUAUGCAGAGUACCAAAGGGAUGUGUUAGAGUUCACAGAAUGUAGAUGUGAACUACUGUGCAGCAGUGGGGUAUUGAGUAAUUGAAGAAAAGAGCAAGUUUCAGCUGAACUUGUGCUGUACCAGAACUACUACAGCGGCUGUGAUUUCUCUGUGUACACACACACACACAGAGGUAUUAUUAACCAACAGAAAGCAUCCUCCAAUUGUACUGACAGUAUCACUCGUACAAAAAAAGUACGGUUAAAUGCUUAUAGAAACCCAGUUCUGUGAGCUUUAUAAUGGAGGGACAUUCUCAGGUAAUAGUGGGGCAACUUUUUCUUCUACUAUUUGGGAGUUCCAGAAGAAAAUGCAGAGAUUUGCUCUUUUAAACGGGUGGAUCAAAAAUAUAUUGCAGAGUAAACUGCUUUAUCACAACUAAGGUGCCAUUAAAUAACUUUAUGGAAUUACAAUGUCUCCUGUGGAGUGGAUAGUCUGAGGGUAGAAAGCUUCACUUAUCCAACUCUUGGAUGAAAAUGGUGGUAGAGAUAUCUCUUAAUGGAGGAUUUUUUUUUCUUAAAUACAAGAAGAUACCUGACUUUCUCCUGUGGUAGAAUAUGGGAGGAAGAGAUGCGGAUGACAGGAUUCUUAGUACUUUAAAAUAUCUUUAUAGUAUGUGGGCUUAAGGUUUUUUUUUGUUCUUUUACCACCUUCUCCCCUGUCUUAGUGGCAGCACUUAAAAGGUGUACCACUUAGACACUGAAGUAUUGUGAACCUUACAUAGACUGUUUUGAAAGUAGGGGCAAUUAAGAUACAUUAUCAAUAUUAAGAUGAAGGCUUUAUCACAGGAGAAGGGGGCCUUAGCAUAAUGCUCAGGAGGGCAGCUGUGUUCAUUCUUUCUGGGGCUGAAUGAUAACAUGCUACAAAAACCUGUUUAUUGUUGAGGAGAAGAAAUCCUGUUUCUGUUGGUUUGGUUUUUUGCAUAAAUCCCAAUUCUUUUUUUUCUGUGGGCUUUUGUAGCAUAUAUGUGCAAGUCAAGGGGGGAUAGGAGGGUGAAUGAAACAGAGAGACCCUCUCUGUUUUAUGCUAAAUAAUCUAUUUCCAAAUAGGCGUAGUGUGGUCAAUUCAUAAUUAAGUGCAAGUUGGUUUGAUUUUGGGUUUUUUCCCCCUCCUCUCUCCAUCUCUCAAUGAAUAUUUCCCCCAUGUCUGAGAGUAGUGUUAAGUAGAGACUUUCCACCUCAUAAGACACCAUGGUUUUUAUUCAGCAUUGUUACCCAUUUAAGAGGGAAACAGACUUCCGUCUGCCAGUUUCAUUUUGUUGCAAUGCUAUAUCCAAGUACUCGGUGCUCUAACUACCUCUGAUGCUAUGAAUGUACAGUCUUCAAAUAGACCGUGACUUGAAAUAACAGCAGAUGCCUGUAGCAAUUUUUUCUGUAAAAUCUUUAAAUCAGCAAACUUGUCAUCUUUAUUUGUGACACAUCACUAUAGGCUCUUCUUUUUUGGGGUAUUAGUAAAUUUAUCCCAUAGGCAUUUGAUAUAAAAAAAUGUAACUAAUACUUAACACUGGAAUUAUAAUGGGUGGGGGCUUAUUCAGCUAGUUAAUACUGCAAAUUUACAUUUAAUAGGGUAUUUUUUUAUUUGAUUAUGACACUAGGUCAACUGUAAAAAGAUCCACUACAUGCUGUUUGUUUUUAAUUUAUUACCUAGUCUGUUUUCUGACACUACAGCUGCAUAAUGACUACAGAAAAUGUACACUGAACAGUUUCAAUAUAUUAUUUAAAAGGGCUUUACUAGUGUACAUUAAAAAUACACUGUACUUACUAUUAGAACCAAAAUGUGUUUUUUAUGGCAUAAAUAAGAAUGGUGCUCCUAAAUGCAAAAUGUCCAAAACAAUGGAAUGUGUGUGAGUGCUAUGCAUUCAACUUAUUUUUAAAAAUAAAAACUAGUUUUGAGUA